UAGCUACCCAUCUGAUGCAGCACAUUACGGUUCAUAAAGAAAACCACGUCUUCCAUUUGGAAUCGGGCCUCUAGUCUCUGACUUGACUUUCUUUCCACCGCAAGCUGUGCCCACCGCGGAUAUGGAUUUGAGAUCCUUCUGGGGGGGCGUUGUUUCCAUCCUCCCCUUGACGGAUAUUAUGGGCCGAACUGCUUAAAUCGGUGAGGCACCCUGAGCUCCCUUUCUGCGUUUGGGCCAGAUAACUGUGCAGUCAAAGCAUUCCAGCCGUAACAAGGAAAGAAGAUGCCUCCCGCUGCCCAUUCUUCAUUCAGGAUUAUAUUGGGUUCAAAGUCACGAGCUCGUCAACAAAUUUUAGCUGACAUGGGUUACGAAUUCACUGUAAUGACUGCAGAUAUUGAUGAGAAAGCAAUCCGUAAAGACAACCCUGAAGAACUUGUCAUGGCCUUGGCUGAAGCUAAGGCAGAUGCUAUCAUAUCCAAGCUUCAAGCAAGUAUUUCCAAAGAAGAGGAUGCUGAGCCAGCGCUUCUAAUAACUGCUGAUAUAGUUGUGGUCCAUGGUGGUGUGAUUAGGGAGAAGCCGUCAAGCAAGGAGGAAGCCUGGGAAUUCAUUAAAGGUUAUUCAGGGAGCCAUACCUCUACUGUGGGAUCUGUACUUGUGACCAACCUUAAAACAGGUUGUAGAAAGGGAGCAUGUGACAAAGCUGAGGUAUACUUCCAUGAGAUACCUGAUGAAAUCAUUGAUAAUCUAAUCAGCGAGGGUGUGGUGCUCAACGUUGCAGGGGGCUUGCUGGUGGAACAUCCACUGGUUUGGCCCUUCGUAGAGGCAGUGGUUGGCACGAGCGACAGUGUAAUGGGCCUCCACAAGGCUCUUACAGAAUCUCUGAUUCAGCAAGUCCUCUAGAUUUAUGGAGGCAGUGUAGUAGAAUUUUGCACUUACGUCAGCAGUAAUUGGCUAAGCCAGAAACCAACCUUUAUUGACGGCAUCAUGAUUGGUGCAGCCAUUGAAUAGCCUCUAAUGUGAUUGCCAUAUGAACAUCAAGCAUCCUUCUUUAAUAAAGUUGCUCUAUCUC